AUGGCUCAACGUAUAACACGACUCGCUCGGAAAACAUCGUUAUUAUUAUUGUGCGAUAUGCAAGAAAAGUUUCGGCCAACUAUUAAAUAUUUUCCUCAAAUUAUCGAAACUUCGAGUAAACUACUUCAAGCCUGUAAGGUACUUGAUGUUCCUUAUAUCGUCACCGAACAAUAUCCUAAAGGCCUCGGCCGAACUGUGAAAGAACUUGAUAUUGGCGAUGAGAAACCAUUUGAAAAAACUCUGUUUUCCAUGUGUACUCCCGAUGUUGAUUCGUAUAUGAAACAAAAGAACAAAGACUUUGAUACAGCUAUAAUAUGUGGUAUCGAAGCUCAUGCUUGUGUUCUUCAAACGGCCAUCGAUCUUUUAUCUAAAAAUAAGCGUGUGUAUAUCGUCGCUGAUGCUGUUUCAUCGCGUUCUCUAACGGACAGAAUGUAUGCUUUUGAUCAUAUGCGUCAAGCCGGUGCUUUCAUUACAACAUUUGAAUCGAUCGUUUUGCAAUUAACACAGGACGCCGGUCAUCCGAAAUUUAAACAAAUUCAGCCAUUGAUUAAAACAUCAGCAGCCGAUACUGGACUCCUUGCACUGAAAAAUAUUCCCACUCCAUCUUCAUAG